AUGAAGCUGCAACUACAUGUGUGGGGGCCAGCCUUUGGGUUGCCCUCAAUCGAUGCGCAAUGCCUAGCAACAAUUGCAUAUUGCUCCACGGCCCUCCCCAAGGACUCUUGGGAACUGGUUGCAAGCAGCGAUCCAUCCGUGUCCCCUACAGGUGAGCUGCCCGCGCUCCAGAAUAGGUCGGUAUGGGUGAGCCGGUUCCGCAACAUCGUCGAUUAUCUCCGGAAAUACUCAAAUAAGGAAUUGGAUCUGGAUCGGGACGUGGAUGAGUCAGACCGAGCCGAUAGCAUCGCCUUCUCCUCCUUCAUUGAAUCUCGCGGCCAAGCCCUUAUCGACCUCUCCCUCUAUGUUAGCAGCCAAAACUACUACCAAAACACAUCCCCUGCCUACGGCAGUCUCCUUCAAUGGCCCAAUCAAUGGAUCCUCCCACCAAAGCUACACAGCGCCGCCAAGACCCGCACCGCGCACCUAGGCCUCUCAUCCCUUGACCUCCAAGCAAUGGAAGACCAACGGCAACGCGAACACUCUGCCGCCGUAGCAGCCGGUCACAUCCCAAGAAACUUCAUCCAACGGCCCCGUCAAACCGUCUCCGGGCUCCUAGGCCGAACAGCCCAAUCAAACCAUUUCCGUAUCGACGCUUUAACAAGUGAGUUCUUCGAACCCCUGGAGGCAAUGCUAGGCGAGAAGGACUUUCUGCUCGCCUCGAAUGAACCCGCCCCUUCAAGCCUAGACUGCGUGGCGCUCGGAUACCUUUCCCUCGCGUUGAUUCCCGAUCUCACGAAUACUUGGCUUCAUGACGCCUUCCGCACCAAGGCCCCGCGGCUCUCCGCUUACACUGAGCGUCGGCGUCGGCGUUGCUUCGGCGAUGUCCCCGUUGAAGUCGAGCAAGCUUUCUCGUCUGGUCUCACUUCUCCGUCGGCAUUGCCUUGGCGAGCUCCUGGCCGUAUCUCCAUUACGGCUGUUGGGAGUACACUCCUCGCCACAUUAGCGGAUUCCACGCCGUUCUUGAGCGAGAUUCGUCAGAAUAACCGCCUUAAGAAGGAAGCUCAGUCUGCAGACUCGGAGUUUAGCUCUCUAGAACGGCGGGCUGUUUCUACGUAUGCCGAUUCCCGCAAGAAGGACAUGUAUGUGUCUAUUGCGACUGUUGCUGGUGCUAUCGUUGCACUGGUGGCUUACACGAUCCACUCUGGGUUGAUUGUUGUUUCGCAGGAUGGUGAGGAGGCAGAAGAAGAGAAUGUUGAAGAAGAAAUCCCGAAUGGGGACUUUCAAAUGGGGGCGACUGACUUUCUUGGACAAGUGAAGGCGUUCUCUUAG